AUGAAAGACUCUUUGGGGAGAUUCGCGAGAACCAUCGCGGAGGCGAAAUCAAAGUUUCCCGUGACGUUUUCGUUUCUGAUUUUGUAUUUCGCUUACACCGAUGGAUUUUCGACAAUCGCUGGUUUAGGCGUCUUGUACGCUCAGAGAGAUAUGUGCACGGGGACGACGGGUUUGUUCUUGAUUGCGUUGUUGGCACCUUUAUCCGCCGCGGUUGGGAACUUCCUCUUUCUCCUCAUCAAGCGUAAAUUGAACGCCUCGAAUCAAGCGAUGGUGGUUUCCGCGUUAUUUUCAAUCUCGUUGUUACCCAUAUGGGGUUUGCUUGGCUACGUUUCUAAUUCGAUUGGAUUCAGAAACUCGUGGGAGGCGUAUUUUCUCGCCAUUUGGCGUUUUUUUUAG